AUGGUCACAGGCAAGCUGUGUUGUGAGAAAUUGCUUCAACCCCUGAACCCCACAAACCAUUUUUUUAGGGCAAACGUGGGGAUGAGGGGUGCGGGGGAGCCAAUUGCGGAGAAUGGCGGGGUCAUCCGGGUGGCUUCGACUCUUGUUUACUCAACAUGCCAACAUCGGCCUGGAGACGGGCAUAAUUUUUGGGGUGUAUUUUUUGCUUUCAGGGUUAUCGGGUCAACGCUAUCAGGAGGAGAUUUUGCACCGCGGACGCUCCUAUGGCGACCUCACUCAACACUCAAGCAAGACAUGUUCAGACUUCAACAGCAGCUGGAGAUUGUUGUCACCGCUUUGCUAUGGUGUCAAAGUAUCCCUACCGCCCGCUCAACCUACCACACAAACCCGCAACAGGGACAAUAUGGACGAGGUGUCAAGUCGAUUCAGCAGGGACACAUAGUGGUGGUUUUGUUUGGGGGUGACUGCCCUUUUGUUUUAAGAGAGGAUGGUGUUGAAAGGGGCAAACAUAGGACUGUGGGAGACGGGUAUAUGGAUGGGUUUAUAGAUGGAGAGGGCAUGACGGACGAAAUGGCUGGCCGAAAUCUAGAGUUCAUGAUUGUCUAG